GCCAUUUUAUUUAAAUGCAAUAUGCAGCCGUUUAUUGUAAUACGCAACUAUCGACAAGAUGACGAGCUCAAGUGCCAGGAGCUCGUGAGGGAUUACAUCAUGUCAUUCUCCUCCAAGUCCUUCUUCACAUUCUGUUUUCGCGAGAUAACACUGCAGUUUAUAGUUAUAACAUGGGCCAUAUUCUUUAUUUUUCUGGGCGUGCCGUUAUUAUUUUGUGUGCUCACUAUUCCCGGCUGCGUAUUUUUUCUUUUUACCAGCACAUACUUCUCGUUCUAUUCCAAGGCUGUAGAACUAAUGAGGGUGAAGCCAUCGCAAUCACUUGUUGCUGAGUGCUAUGAGCCUUUCAUCUUUCGCUGUGCCCCCAAUGAGGCUAGCUAUCAGAUAUUUAUGGAGAAUGCUCCAUUUGAUGAGAGCUAUAAGAACAAAUUCCGUCGCCGCAUAGUGGCAACCAUUAGCGUUAAAAAUCACAAUGCUGUCUAUAAUGCGGCCUGGAUUUACCGCUUUGCGAUUGCCAAACAUUAUCCUUACCAAAAGAUCAUGGAGCCGAUGAUCGGUCUGGUAUCAAAGAAUAGUGUUAACGCUGGAUACGCCUCGCUGGAAUGCACCAUUUCGGAGUGGCAAGAGACCGAGCGUGACUUCUAUGAUGAUCUAGGCUUUGUCACGCGACAAAUCUAUCACAAGCAGAUUAUUGGCAGCAGCUUGACGGUAAUGAAAACACAACUGACAUACAAUCUACGCACAGAUGAUACGUUACAAAAACAAAACUAACUCAUUCACACGCAUUCUCGGCAAGAAAUAUUGCUAAGAAAGCUGUGAAACAUAGCAAAAUCUCUAUUUAUAUAUAUAUAUAUAUGUAUGUAUGUUACUAAACAUUCCAGUCACGCGAUGCAAACGAAUUUAAUUUUAUAUACUCACAUGUACAUUAUAUAAGGUUUUAACAUGUAAACAUUGUUAGCUUCGUUUUGUCCUGUUUUAUUAUAAUCUUGUUUAUUCUUUGACAUAUUCUAUUUAAAUAAAUAAAAUAUAUAUUAAUAAAUAAAACUUGCAAAAGUGUUUAGCGUAUAUUUAAUGCCGAACAUCUAACGGGUUGUCUCUGCUGAAAUUUUUUGUAGGUACAUUCAUUUCUCAUUCUUUGAUGCAUACUGCCUAUAAAUAAGCUGGAUUCAACAAACAUAUAAUAAUUAUGUAAAAAAAAGCCUUUAUGCAAGAAAAUACAAUAAUAAUUUUUUGACUGACACUGUU